GCAAGGGGCGGGGCCGAGGCUGGGCCGGCGGCGGCGACGGCGUCGGAACUCGCGGAAGAUCGGCCCCGGGCGGCUCAACAGUUCGCAAAGUCCGGGUUCGCGGCCGCGCGGCUCCGUCUGCGCCCGGGCGGUGCAGGGGCGCAGGGGUCCCCGGGCUGCUGCAUCCCGGGGCUGCCCUGGACAUGCCCCGCACCCCCUGCCGGACGCCCGCGCGGCUCCACCGGCUGCCAUUCGUGGGGCUCUGGGAUUAGAGCGCCCCCCACCCCAACUUAUGACUUUGGGGUCCCCCAGCCCGAAAGGAACGGGCGGCCUGGCUGGGGGAGCCCCGGGCAUGGUGUGACGGGGAGGUCAGCUUUGCUGCGUCCCCCACUCCAUCCACCCGUCGUCUCUGUGCCCUGCAGAAUGUAGCUGUUCUCUCUGCGUCCCCCACCCCGGACUCCAGCCGCAGUCUCCGCGACCUCCGGGCUCCAGCCGCCAACUCCUUGUCACCCCGGAUCCCGUCGCCGUCUCCGUGUCCUCUGGAUUCCAGCCGCCGUCUCUGUGCCCCGCGGACUCCAGUUUCCCGACCCCUUCUGUCUUCGCGCGCGGGGGACUUCAGCAGCGGUCUCCGCGAUACCCCUAGGAUUUAGACACUCUUUCUACGCCCCCAAACCCAGACUCCAGCCGCCGUCUCUGCGUCUCCAGGGAUCCAGCCCCUGCCUCAGCGCCCUCCGCUCCGCCCUCAAACCCAGACUUCAGCCACGAUCUCCGCGCUCCCCGGGAUUCAGCUGUCGCGCCGGUGCCGGCGAGUGCAGCAGCUGCCCCACCGCGCGCCCGGAGUCCGCCCGGGCCUUGGCGGGGAGAUGAACGCGCAGCUGGACGGUCUGUCGGUGAGCUCGUCCUCCACCGGCUCGCUGGGCUCGGCGGCCGGGGCUGGCAGCGGAGGGGGCGCGGGGCUGCGAUUGCUGUCUGCCAACGUGCGCCAGCUGCACCAGGCGCUGACGGCGCUGCUAAGCGAGGCGGAGCGGGAGCAGUUCACGCACUGCCUGAACGCUUACCACGCGCGCCGCAACGUCUUCGACCUGGUGAGCACCCUGCGUGUGCUGCUGGACAGCCCUGUCAAGCGGCGCCUGCUGCCCAUGCUGCGUCUGGUCAUCCCGCGCUCUGACCAGCUGCUCUUCGACCAGUACACGGCCGAGGGCCUCUACCUGCCCGCCACCGCCCCCUACAGGCAACCCGCCUGGGGCGGCCCCGACGGCGCGGGGCUGGGGGAGGUGCGCCUGGUGAGCCUACGACGCGCCAAAGCCCACGAGGGCUUGGGCUUCAGCAUUCGCGGGGGCUCGGAGCAUGGCGUGGGCAUCUAUGUAUCGCUGGUGGAGCCAGGCUCUCUGGCUGAGAAGGAAGGGCUGCGAAUCGGGGACCAGAUUCUUCGUGUUAACGACAAAUCCCUGUCCCGGGUGACUCAUGCUGAGGCCGUCAAGGCUCUCAAGGGCUCCAAGAAGCUGGUACUGUCGGUGUACUCGGCGGGGCGUGUCCCGGGGGGCUAUGUCACCAACCACAUCUACACCUGGGUGGACCCCCAAGGCCGCAGCAUCUCCCCACCCUCGGGCCUGCCCCAGCCCCACGGCAGCGCCCUGAGGCAGCGCGAGGGAGACCGCAGGAGCACACUGCACCUCCUGCAGGGCGGGGAUGAGAAAAAGGUGAACCUGGUGCUGGGGGAUGGCCGGUCCUUGGGCCUCACGAUCCGCGGGGGAGCAGAGUACGGCCUAGGCAUUUACAUCACUGGCGUGGACCCAGGCUCUGAAGCCGAAAGCAGCGGGCUCAAGGUUGGGGACCAGAUUCUGGAGGUGAAUGGUCGGAGCUUUCUCAACAUCUUACAUGACGAGGCGGUCAAGCUGCUCAAGUCAUCCCAGCACCUCAUCCUGACGGUGAAGGACGUCGGGAGGCUGCCCCAUGCCCGAACCACCGUGGACGAGACCAAGUGGAUUGCCAGCUCCCGGAUUGGGGACACCGCCACGAACUCGGCAGGGUUUCCUGGGGAUCUCACCACAGAAGGGACGGACAAGCUUGGAUUUUACAAGGGGCCAGCCGGCUCCCAGGUGACACUGAGCAGCCUGGGGAACCAGGCGCGCGUGCUGCUGGAGGAGCAGGCUCGGCACCUGCUGAAUGAGCAGGAGCGUGCCACCAUGUCCUACUACCUGGAGGAGUACCGCGGUGGCAGCGUGUCCGUGGAGGCCCUCGUCAUGGCCCUGUUUGAGCUGCUCAACACCCACGCCAAGUUCUCGCUCCUUUCUGAGGUGAGAGGCACCAUCUCCCCACAAGAUCUGGAGCGUUUCGACCACCUGGUGCUGAGGCGGGAGAUUGAGUCGAUGAAAGCGAGGCAGCCCCCAGGCCCUGGGACUGGAGACACUUACUCCAUGGUCUCCUACAGUGACACGGGCUCGUCCACAGGCAGCCACGGCACCUCCACCACCGUCAGCUCAGCCAGGGAGCGGCUGCUGUGGCUUAUAGACCUGAUGGAGAACACUCUGGACCUGGAGGAAACUGGCGAGGCCGUCCAGAGCAAUAUGAGCACUCUCCCAGAUGUUUCCCUGGAUGAUGUCAAAUCCACGGCUGAGGGGCUGCCUAGCUACAAGCCGCCGCCUCCCCCACCACCUCUGGUCCAGCAGAGGAAGCCAGGGAGCCAGGACCUCCAGCCUCCUUCCUCUGCGUCUUCCCACUCGGGCAUCGUCUUCUCGGCUCCACAGAAUCGCAGCCCGCCGGCGGGUACUGCGCCCACCCCAGAGGCCCCCUCAGCACAGGACUCGCCCUCCUCCCCCAUCUACGCCUCCAUCUCCCCUGCCAACCCCAGCACCAAGAGGCCACUGGACGCCCAUCUGGCCCUGGUCACCCAACACCCCAUUGGCCCCUUCCCACGGGUCCAGUCCCCACCACACCUGAAAAGCCCCCCUUCAGAGGCCACGCUGGCUGGGGGCUGCCUCCCGCCACCCUCCCCGUCUGGCCGCCCAGACCAGACAGGCACAAACCAACACUUUGUCAUGGUGGAGGUACACCGCCCGGACAGCGAGCCAGACGUGAACGAAGUGAGGGCACUGCCCCAGACGCGCACAGCCUCCACGCUCUCACAGCUCUCGGACAGUGGGCAGACUCUGAGCGAGGACAGUGGUGUGGAUGCCGGUGAGGUAGAGGCCAGCGCCCCCGGCCGAGGCAGACAGAUGGUGUCCACCAAGAGCAGGAGUAGCAAGGAGCCGCCUCGGAACGAGAGGAGCACAGAGGGGGCCACCAAACCGCCCGGACUCCUGGAGCCCACGUCCACCCUGAUCCGUGUGAAGAAAAGUGCGGCCACCCUGGGCAUCGCCAUUGAGGGUGGUGCCAACACCCGCCAGCCCCUGCCUAGGAUCGUCACAAUUCAGCGAGGAGGCUCGGCCCACAACUGUGGGCAGCUCAAGGUGGGCCACGUGAUCCUGGAAGUGAAUGGGCUGACCCUUCGGGGCAAGGAGCACCGGGAAGCCGCACGCAUUAUUGCAGACGCCUUCAAGACGAAGGAGCGUGGCUACAUCGACUUUCUGGUCACCGAGUUCAACGUGAUGCUGUAGGGGCUGAGGCCUGAAGGCCUCCCACUGCUGCCCGGCCCCCGGCCCUGGUCCCUCCUCCCUCCUCGCACUGUUAAGCUCCUUGAGGGGCCGGGGAUGCAUGGCCAGGGUAGCAGGAAGACAUCCCCCACUUCUUCCCAGCCCACUGGACCAGAACCGGAAGAAGGAGCUGGGCGAGGCAAACAGAAGGUCAGGUCAAGAUCCAGUACCGUGCCCAGUACACAGUAGGCACUCAAUACACGUGUGGGUUUCGGGAAGGGGAGAAAGGGGAAGGGCGGAGCGCCUUGACACAUCCACCUGAGGCCUGCCAGGGCCUGUCACUCUGGGUUGGUUAGGGGGCACUGCUAUCCCCCCAGCCUUCUAGGACCUGGCCCAUCCCCAGAUGCCUGGGGCCUUUGUCUGGAGUGAGGUCACGCGAGAAUUCAUGGACACGGCCGCCAGCCAGGAGGGCAUUUUGCAGGACCUUUAGUGCCACAAAUAAGCAUCAAGCACCCCCUCCCCCACUCACACCCGCGUUCCUCCUAGCUCCCUCUACCCCAUGGUAUUUAUUAUUUAUUUCCCUCUCCACACCCCUGGGGACCCCAAUAUCCUCGCUUCCCACUGCACCCCCAGCCUAUCCCAGAGGCCUUGCAGGUGACCAGCGAUGUCAGUGUAUUUAUAUACAGAGCUUAUGACUUUAAUUUUUCAAUAAAGCGAUCUGAACAAG